AUGGAUGUCGGGAAUCGUGUCAGAUCCGAAAGUGGCGAGGGCUCUUCGGGCAAGGUUCGAGCAGGCAGCAAGGGCACCAUGACCUCCCUGCACCAAGUCGUGGAGGUGCUUCAGGAGUUGAGCCACAGAUAUGAUCAGGAGGUCCAGGAGCUCAGGGCAACUGUGGCAAAGCUCACUAGUGAAAAUCGGAAGCUCAUGCGAAGAACUAGUGAUUCUGAUGGCAGUACAAGCGCGACAAAUACAUGGACUUCGUCUGGUCCUUCUUCAUCGAUUCAGGAUAGCUUUUCGCCAAAUCCGAUAUCAAAAAUCACGAGUUAUAUUGCAGAAGAGCCAGACAGACCUGAGUCUGAAGAUGAUCGCGUGUUGGAUCCAUUUUUGGACGUGGAAGUAUUGGAGGAGAUCACACCUGUAGAGUACGAAGCCCGUAGACGGGCUGCGAAUUCUGAAGAAGCUCUACAACAAGACAACAGCUUUCAGCGACACGCGUCUUACGCAGCAUUCAAGUUGAAAGAUCUCUGGACGAGCGAAGUUCUUAGCAAAGCCAGAACGCCCCGAGCAGCUACCGUUCCGCCGCCAUCGACUACAUCAACUGCACUGCGCCUGCGCCCAACGGUGGCGGUGAACGCAGCGGCCAUGGGAAUGGCAGAGCUCUACCAGGGCUGGGUAUCUCGCUUUAUCGCUCGCCCCGGGGAUCGCAAAAGGCUUCUUUGGGAUUGCUGCGGCUUGCUGUUCAUUGUGUAUGACUGCAUUGCUAUCCCUAUCAACGUUUUUGACCCACCGGUCAGCACUUUCACGAUUUUCAUGGAUUGGCUUACCUUGGUCUUUUGGACGCUGAACAUUGGCGCAACACUGACCACUGGCUUCGUGCGGGAAGGCCUGGAGGUACUCUCUCCCAAGGAGAUAAUGAAAAACUACCUUCGCACGUGGUUCAUCAUAGAUGUGCUUACCCUCGGGCCAGACUGGACACUGGAGAUUAUCGCCGGAACCGCCGCAGCGAGUGACAGUGGCGAAGGGUGGAGCGACAGUGCCGGAAGUCAGUCCGUGAGACUUCUACGAGUCUUGCGAUUCGUGCGAAUUGCGCGUUUGCUACGAUUGCUGAAGCUGAAGUUGCUACUGGAAGCUAUAGGCGACGCGCUUCCCAUGUCAGACUACGCCACGAUUGUUGCGCGGGUUGCUCAAAUGGUGGCCGUGCUGCUGUACCUGAACCAUGUCAUUGCGUGCAUCUUCUUUGCAACUGCAGCGCUGGUAUCCGACCAAAAUACAUGGGUUGGCGAGUAUGGGUUGACUUCUCGCCCUUGGACAGACCAAUAUGCUGUUGCGCUGCACUGGUCCCUCACACAGUUCACGCCUGCCUCCAUGAACGUACAGCCGCAGAAUUCAGUUGAGCGUUGCUUUGCCAUCAGUGUGGUGAUUUUUGCCUUGGUUGGCUUUUCCUACGUGGUCGGUGACAUCAGCAGUUGUUUGACACAGCUCCGGAACAUGUCCGAGACCUCUUCCAAAGAGUUCCGGAAGCUGCGCAACUUCAUGAGGAUGCACAAGGUUCCUCGAUUGCUGGCAUUGCGUGUCACCAAGUUCGCAGAACAUGCUUACAGCAAGCAGCGCGAGGCCAUGCCAAUGAGCAAAGUUACCCUGCUGCACUUGAUCUCUGAGCAACUCUUGGGCGAAUUGACCUUUGCAAUGAAUAAACCGCACCUGGUCGUUCACCCUUUGUUCGAAACCAUGGAGCUCAAUGCCACUCUGUUUCUGCAGCGCAUGUGCAUCAAGGCCUUGGCACCGAAACAACUUGCACACAAUGACUUCCUCUUCGUUUCCGGAGAGCAGGCCAAAGAGAUGACCUUUCUGACAUCAGGAAUGCUUUUGUACAAGAGGGUGUUCGGAGCGAAAGAGCAGGAGGAAUAUGUACAGAUUGACUGCGAUUGGAUUACUGAGCAAGCGCUCUGGCUGACUCACUGGGAACACCUAGGCACCGCAGAGUCCCUAGGCGAGUCCACACUCGUCAGCAUCGAUUCAGAGGCAUUUGCAACUGUGGUGGAGCAGUCCAGCACAGCAUUGGUCCGCCUGGUGCAGCUGUAUGCCCGUCAGUUUAUUGGGUGGCUCAAUGAACUCCAGCUCCACCAGCUCUCUGACAUGGUUCAGGGAGAUGUGCUGGGAGAGAAGGUUCGCAGCUUUAUUCCGGAGAAUUUGGCACGCGCGACAUCUUGA